GUUACCUCCCUCGGUGGUGAUGUCACCGGCUCAGGGGAGCUCGAGCAUCCCUACCAAAGACAGGCAGACAAUAGGGCCAUUUUGACCGCGUCGGAGCGUGAAGAAGCGGCCGAAACAUCCAAACAACCGACCGGCCACCUUCCUUUCCUUCCUGGGUCCCAACUGGAAAGGCAGGGCAGAGGGAGGUGGGUUGGUGGGUACAAGACCUUGUCCGCGGUAACCUCAGUCCUUCCCGUUUUCAUGGAGAGAGGAGGCUGUUAGCACGGCCAGCGCCAGACCUGGAGGAGACCAGAGCAGGUGGAAGUAGCUACGGAGCCAAGCACGACAAAUACGGUCUCUACACGGGAGCAAACGUUAUUGGCACUGCGGAGACCUGCAGGCCCUACACCUGGGUACUAAAGAAGGCACCCCAAGGUGCUAGGAAGAAAGCACCAUGGCAGGGGCCUCUGUGAAGGUGGCGGUGCGUGUCCGCCCCUUCAAUUCAAGGGAGAUUGGAAAAGAAAGCAAAUGCAUCAUUCAGAUGUCUGGAAACACCACCACCAUCAUCAACCCCAAGCAGGCCAAAGACAACAAGAGCUUCAACUUUGAUUACUCCUACUGGUCCCACACCUCGCCAGAGGACAUCAACUUUGCCUCUCAGCUGCAAGUGUACAAAGACAUUGGAGAGGAAAUGUUGCUGCACGCCUUCGAGGGAUACAACGUCUGCAUCUUUGCUUAUGGUCAGACAGGCGCUGGCAAGUCCUACACCAUGAUGGGGAAACAGGAUGUCAAGGAUCAACAAGGAAUCAUUCCCCUGCUGUGUGAAGAUCUUUUUACCAAGUUUAAUGACAAUGCAGACAACAGCAUGUCCUAUUCUGUGGAGGUAAGCUACAUGGAAAUCUACUGUGAACGUGUGCGGGAUUUACUGAACCCCAAAAAUAAAGGGAACCUGCGUGUCCGAGAACAUCCUCUGAUGGGACCUUAUGUGGAGGACCUGUCCAAACUGGCUGUCACUGCCUACAAUGACAUCCAGGACCUGAUGGACUCUGGCAACAAGGCCAGGACGGUGGCUGCCACCAACAUGAAUGAGACAAGCAGUCGCUCGCAUGCUGUCUUUAACAUCAUAUUCACCCAGAAACGCUAUGAUGCUGAGACUGAUAACACCUCUGAGAAGGUCAGCAAAAUAAGUUUGGUGGAUUUGGCUGGCAGUGAGAGGGCAGAUUCUACUGGAGCCAAAGGGACUCGGCUUAAGGAAGGAGCAAAUAUCAACAAAUCUCUAACUACACUGGGGAAAGUCAUCUCUGCUUUGGCAGAAGUGGACUCUGGACCGAAUAAGAAUAAAAAGAAGAAGAAGGUGGAAAGCUUCAUCCCCUACAGAGAUUCAGUUUUGACCUGGCUACUGAGAGAAAAUUUGGGGGGGAAUUCUCGUACUGCGAUGGUAGCUGCCCUAAGUCCAGCUGACAUCAACUACGAUGAGACCCUCAGCACACUCAGGUACGCAGACCGCGCCAAACAGAUUCGCUGUAACGCUGUUAUCAAUGAGGAUCCCAACAACCGAUUGGUGCGAGAGCUGAAGGAGGAGGUGUCUCGUCUGAAAGACCUCCUCUUUGCCCAGGGCCUGGGUGACAUCAUUGAGACAUAUCGAGCAACUGGUGCUGACAUAGAGGGUUUGAAAUCGACAGACCUAUCCGAUUGCAAGAACAAUAACAAUAAAGGCCAAGCUGUGAAUCAAAGAGAUGAUCUCUCCACAGUGACCAAUGCCAUGACGGGGAUGAGUCCCUCUCCGUCUCUCUCAGCCUUGUCCAGCCGUGCCGGAUCCAUCGCCAGUCUUCAUGACCGCAUCAUGUUCAGCCCGGGCAGCGAAGAGGCCAUCGAGAGGCUGAAGGAAACAGAGAAAAUCAUUGCUGAACUCAAUGAGACUUGGGAAGAGAAACUUCGCCGAACAGAAGCCAUUAGAAUGGAAAGAGAGGCCUUGCUGGCAGAAAUGGGUGUAGCAAUGCGAGAAGAUGGUGGGACAGUUGGUGUGUUCUCUCCCAAAAAGACGCCUCAUCUGGUGAAUCUCAACGAGGACCCUCUGAUGUCUGAGUGCCUGCUGUACUACAUUAAAGACGGAAUCACCAGGGUAGGUCGUGUAGACGCCAGCAGUCGUCAGGAUAUAGUCCUCAGUGGCCACUUCAUCAAGGAUGAGCACUGCACUUUUACCAGUUCUACUGGUCCAAUGGGAGAAACAGUUGUCCUUGAGCCGUGUGAAGGAGCUGAGACUUAUGUUAAUGGAAAGCUAGUAACAGAGCCCACUGUCCUAAAAUCAGGAAAUCGCAUCAUUCUGGGCAAGAGCCAUGUGUUCCGGUUCAACCACCCUGUGCAGGCCAGGGCUGAGAGGGAGCGGACCCCAUGUGCAGAGACCCCUGCUGAGCCCGUGGACUGGGCCUUCGCCCAGAGGGAGCUGCUGGACAAACAGGGCAUUGACAUGAAACAGGAAAUGGAACAGAGGCUGCAGGAGUUGGAGGACCAGUAUCGCAAAGAAAGAGAGGAAGCCAACAACCUUCUGGAGCAGCAAAGACUGGAUUAUGAGAGCAAGCUGGAGGCUCUCCAGAAGCAAGUGGACAGUUACUACCCAGAAGCCCCUGAUGAAGAGGAAGAGCCAGAAGAGGAAGUGCAAUGGACAGAAAGGGAAAGAGAGCUGGCUGUGUGGAGCUUCCGUAAGUGGCGGUGCUACCAGUUCACCUCCCUCCGUGACCUGUUAUGGGGGAAUGCCAUCUUCCUUAAGGAGGCCAAUGCUAUUAGUGUGGAACUCAAGAAGAAGGUCCAGUUCCAGUUUGUGCUGCUCACAGACACUCUCUACUCCCCCCUGCCUCCAGACCUGUUGCCCCCAGAGGCGACUAAGGACAGAGAGAAGCGACACUUCCCACGUACCAUUGUGGCCGUGGAGGUGCAGGAUCAGAAAAAUGGAGCCACCCACUAUUGGACAUUACAAAAAUUAAGGCAGAGGCUCGAUCUCAUGAGAGAGAUGUAUGAUCGUGCUGCUGAUGUGCCCAACAAUACCACUGAAGACGGUGAAAAUGUAAUGACCGGAGGGGACCCCUUUUAUGACCGCUUCCCUUGGUUCCGUCUGGUUGGCAGAAACCCCCUUUUCAACACAUGCAUGAGCGAGCGCAUGAGUGACCCUACCCCAUCCCCGACCCUCUCCAACUCUGAAAUUACGGAGCUGGCUGACCCACAGCGGGAGGGUCGAGGGGAGGAGGAUGAGUUGGAGGAGUUGGAGGACCUGGACGAUGAUAUCUUUUUGGAUGACCCGUGCUCGGAGCUCGGGGGAGAGGAUGAUGAUGAUGAUGAUGAUGAUGAAGGAGAGCUCUGCCGUGGCUCCGGCGAAGGCCAGGAUCCCUUUUACGACCGCUCACCAUUAUUCAGUGUAGUGGGAAGGGCUUUUGUUUAUCUGAGUAACCUGCUGUACCCGGUUCCUCUCGUCCACCGCGUGGCAAUCGUCAGCGAGAAGGGGGAAGUGAAGGGCUUCCUCCGCGUGGCGGUGCAGGCCAUAUCAGGUGCUUUGUGUUUCCCUCCAGCUGAUGAGGAAGCUCCCGACUACGGCUCAGGAGUGAGGCAGUCAGGCACUGCCAAAAUCUCAUUUGAGGAUCAGCAAUAUGAAAAGUUCCAGUCCGAGUCCUGCUCUGUAGGACUGUCCCGUACAGGGAUUUCACAGGAGGAGCUUCGUAUCGUGGAGGGGGAGGGGCAAAAUGCAGAAUUGGGACCCUCAGCUGAUGAGGUCAACAAUAACACAUGUGCGGCAGCUGGUGCAGAUGAGCUGGAGACUCCACUGAAGAGUCUGGAUGGCCCGCUUGACACAACUCUGGAGCACCUGAGGAUUGGUAAUGUUUUUACCUUCAGGGUGACUGUCCUGCAAGCCUCCAGCAUCUCUGCAGAAUAUGCUGACAUCUUCUGCCAGUUUAAUUUCAUCCACCGCCAUGAUGAGGCCUUUUCCACUGAGCCCCUAAAAAACACAGGCCGCGGACCCCCUCUUGGCUUCUACCAUGUGCAGAAUAUUGCUGUUGAAGUGACUAAAUCCUUUGUUGACUACAUCAAGACUCAGCCAAUUGUGUUUGAAGUGUUUGGACACUACCAGAAACAGCCUUUUCUUCCACUCUGUAAAGACGUCAUCAGUCCACUACGUCCCUGCAGAAGACAGUUCCCACGAGUGAUGCCUCUGUCCAAACCAGUUGACUCUGACGCCUCGCCAGACCGUGAGAAAUCGCUGGACCUGAUCCGAUACCUGGUCCCAGAUGUGUUCAAUGGGGCGCUGGUGGACUCGUUGUCAGACCACGCUCUGUCUGCUGCUGGCUUGGCUGCUUCCUUCUUACUGGAAGGAACUGAGCGAGCUCAGCUGACAGCUCCACCCACCUCUAUCUGUUCAGUCAUUAAAGCUCAGAAGCCGGUACCUGCCACCAAGCUGACAGCGAUGACCCGCCCGCAGGCAGGACCCUGUCACUGCAAAUAUGAUCUCAUGGUGUUCUUUGAGAUCUGCGAGCUGGAGGCCACUGGAGACUACAUCCCUGCAGUGGUGGACCACAGAGGAGGAAUGCCUUGUCAUGGCACAUUCCUACUGCACCAGGGCCUCCAGAGGAGAAUCAGCGUUACCAUUGUACAUGAGUCAGGAGGUGACAUGGAAUGGAAGGACAUCCGUGAGCUUGUUGUGGGUCGUCUCCGCAACACCCCUGAAGCUGAUGAGACCAUCAUCGACCCCAAUAUUCUCUCUCUCAACAUCUUGUCUGCUGGGUAUGUCAGGCCCAUGCAAGACGACCGACAGUUUCUUGAUUCGGACAUGCCUAGGACUUUCUACCGCUUCGAGGCCGCUUGGGAUAGCUCCAUGCACAACUCCCUGCUACUAAACCGAGUCACUCCGUAUGGAGAGAAAAUCUACAUGACCCUAUCAGCCUACUUGGAGAUGGAGAACUGCCUCCAGCCUGCAAUCAUAACCAAAGAUAUCUGCAUGGUGUUUUACUCUCGAGACACAAAGCUCUCAGCCUCCCGCUCUAUCCGAAACCUUUUUGGUACUGGAAGCCUGAGAGCGGCAGAUGGAAACCGUGUAACUGGAGUUUAUGAGGUCAGCCUAUGUAACCUAGCAGAUGCAGGAAGCCCAGGUAUGCAGAGGAGACGCAGGCGGGUGCUGGACACCUCAGUGGCCUACGUUCGUGGGGAGGAGAACCUGGCUGGGUGGAGGCCCCGUAGUGACAGCCUCAUUCUGGACCACCAGUGGGAGCUGGAGAAACUCAGCCUCCUUCAAGAUGUGGAGAAGACCAAACAUUACCUCCUGCUAAGGGAGAAACUGGAGUCUACCCUGCUUAUGGGCCAGGAUUCCCUGCAGACCCGCAUCACUGAGGAGCUGAGUGAGUCCACUCAACCCCCCGAGGUCGACCACGAGGUCAGCUCCAGCUCAGAAAUCAUCACUGAGAGGCAGAGGGAGCUUGCUGCUAAGUGUUUGCGGCUGCUCACUCACUCCUUUAACCGAGAAUACAGCCAUGUGUGUGUCAGCGCCAGUGAAAGCAAGAUCUCAGAGAUGUCCGUCACAAUGCUAAGAGACUCCGCUUCAAUCUCUGCGCUCAACACAAUCACACCCUCCUCAACAUGCCCUUCGCUGGUUGAUGGUUGCUAUGGCAACCCUGAACUCAGACCCCCUAUGCCUCGCUCUCGUGCCGUCAGCCCUAGUCCUGACACACAGGAGAAGUCCAUCAACCGAGCCUCUGAAACCAAACCACGGACCCGCAAAUUUGUCCCUGAUAUCCAGGAAAUUAGAGUCAGCCCCAUUGUGUCAAAGAAGGGUUACUUACAUUUCUUGGAGCCACAAACCAACGGAUGGGUGAAGCGCUAUGUUGUUGUGCGGCGGCCGUACGUCUACAUCUACAACACAGAGAGAGACUCUGUGGAGCGGGCUAUCCUCAACCUCUCCUCUGCCCAGGUGGAGUACAGUGAGGACCAGCAGGCAAUGCUGAAGACCCCAUACACAUUCGCCGUGUGUACAGAACAUCGUGGAAUAUUGCUUCAAGCCACUAAUGACAAAGAGAUGCAUGACUGGCUGUAUGCAUUCAAUCCUCUCCUUGCUGGAACUAUCAGGUCAAAGCUGUCGAGAAGACGAGCCGGACAGAUGAGGAUGUGAAACAAGACUCUGUACAAAUCUCAUGAGAGAAGAAUGAAUGCAGAGACUUAACAUGUACAUAGAUCCUUGUCCUUAUCCCUAACCUUGUGCUGAGCCCUAUCUCCCCUCCCCCCUCCCCCCCCACAGUCACCAACAACCAUCAAAGCGCCCAUUCCGUGUCAGGCCUUUGCUGCAGUGUGAGUCUCAUAGUCUGAAGAACCUCUUCAAAAAGCUGUCACUGUACUGUACUGGAGUUUAUUCAUAGCUGGAUGAUUGAAGAAAAUGGAGAAAGUAGCAACAGUUUCUUAUCUCAGAAUACAUACGUAUAGUAAUGUACUGUAGUUGUUGUCAGUGACACAUCAAGCCUUAUACAUUUACUCCUUAAAAAAAUGCAGUGACAUUUGUUUUUACCUAAAACUGCCAUGUCAGUGAGGAUCUCAUUCCUACAUUUGCAUCAGUAAAUAGAAAAUCAUGCAGAUUCUUCUCGACUCUACGGCUAUAUAUACAGUGUCUAACCUGGUUUGCAUACAACGUACAUGCUAAAAAAAAAAAGGCAGUUGAGUGUAACUCUUUAGAAUAAUUCUGUUUUCUUUCUAGUCCAUAAAUCAUGACAUUGAGCAAUCUGCCUCCUAUUCUUAAAACUUCUUUGAAACCUUAACACACACAGCCUGGCAAAGGAGCGGCAUGUCAUAAUAGAUCAUGUUCUUGCUGCAUUUUGAUCAAUCCAUGUCGUUUUAGCUACUUGUAGGAGCACCAAGGGUAUUUACAUUCACACAAUAAGUAAUCAAAUGUCAUCACCAUUAAUCCUCCCAAUUUAAUCUCAUUCUCUACCUGAAUUUUAUUUGUUUUAAAAUGUGAUAUAUUUAGAUAUUUAACAGCUGUAUUAUUUAUUUCUGCAUGUAUUUAUUUACAAAGACAUUUAUAUUUCUAAAGUAGUAGUACCGUGCAAUUUCUGCACACCGCACUUUUUAAUAUGAGUUCCUUUAAAUGUUUGAAUAAUACAACCUUGGCCCCAUGCAGUUAAUGCUGUUUAAACAGUUUAAUAAUUUUGAUUGGCCACUUUCUUUGUGCUGAAGAUCUCUUGAAUAAUACUAUAGAUUAGGAUAGUCACACCUGACCUUUGACCCAACUGAUAUACAUCUAAAAGGUCAAAGUAUUGUUAGGUAGAGAAUAUUAAGGUGGUCUGAACAUCCUCAGCUGCACAAAGCUACCUUGUUAAAUGAUCAAAAGUACAAAUUGUUCCUCACAGUACAGAAUAAGGAACUGGUUUAUAUUGAUUAAAUGUAGUGCCUCUCUUUUCAAUCAUACUGUACAGUAUGCCUCUGCACCAGUUGCUUUGAAACUACAUCCUCCAUGCUGCUAUAGUACUGUUCUGGAAGUGUCUGCCGAUCACAUCACUUUCUGGCUUUUCAUCAUCAUCAUCAUCAUCAUCAUCAUCAUCAUCAUCAUCACUUACAUAUUCAGACAAUAAGGUAUAAUGUAUGUGAAUGUUACAUAUCUAAUAUGGCAAUCAGUUGUCAUAUAGAAUGGAAUGUCCAUAACACAGAGUAUACUUGAUGUUUGUACAUUAUGUGUUUUGUAUAUUAUUGUGUGAACUAUCAUGUUUUGAUUGGAAAGAAAUCAAUGCUGUUGACAGUUUCAAAGUGCAAGUUGAAAGACCGUACAACUGUUCUUUUUAAUCCCUUCAUAUGAUCCUUCAUGAAAAUUGCUACUGUGCUUUUUCUACUGCAUUUCAUUCAAAUUGAUUACGAAUCCAAAAAAUGUUACCUGUUCAAAAACUAGGUACAUACGGUAUGCAGCUUGGGAGUUGUUGUGUGAAGUUUGAUUGAUAAGCAUGCCUCAGGUUAGCCAGCCUAGAGUGCAUGCUUGCUGACAGUUUGACAUUUCACUUACACAAUCUCCAAUCAUUAAACUGUUACACAAAAGUGCAAGAAUAAUAUAUUUAACAGGGGAUUAAAUUGUAACAGCAAUUCAGUAUGUUUUUAUUUUUGCUGCUGAGGUAAUCCAUACAAUAUAAACAUAUUUCCCGAGAUUGGAAAGUAUUCUGUGUGUUGUGGACAUAUUAAGUGAUCAAAUCAAAACAUUUUACAACCAUACAUGUGUGCACAACUGUCAGUAGUUGUGGCUAAUCAAACAGUCAAAUGUCUGUUAAUAUCUUUCGCUUGUUGUGUAGCAAGUCCUGUGAUCAGUUAUGAUCAAAGUCUAUCACAGACUGUGUUGGCAGAGACUGCAGUUGUAUUUUAUCUGGCUAUAGCAUCAUCAUUGAGGGAAUGCCCUGCUGUUCUGUACAUUACACUGUCUCAAGCACUCUUUUCUGUCUCAUUUAAAUUAAAACACAAUCUUAAAAUGCGAGCCCGGAAUUGCUCCAGUCUGAUCUGUGUUGAGAUUAUUCUUGGUGUUUUCAUUGGGCAUUUUAAUGUGCGUCACAUUUGAGCCAACCAAAGUUUUGUUGGUGCAGUCACAAAAAAAUCACACUGAAUGUACAUUGAUAUUUGAAAAUACUUAUUUUGCUGGAGUGGUUAUGUUGACCUGUCUUUUGUUUUCACAGUCUGGUUCCUUAUUGAUUGUAGGUAGGUUACUAUGAGGGAACCAUAUGGAGGUAUUAUGGGAUAUACCUGUAAUUAUCUGUCCACUGACGUGUGAGGGGAUGUUGGUUCAUGAUGGCCCUGUUAGGCAUUGCUUCUUGUACAGAGUAAUGCUGUAGGUAACCUUACUUUCACACUUACUCAUUUUUCAAUAUCACCAUCACGCUCUGACAGCCUUUUUCAAAAUCUACUUUUUCUAAUACCACCCCUCCCCUUUCAAAGGAAUAUCAUUUACAUUUUUGUGCUUCCACAUCUAAUCUUUUUUUCUUUUCUUAACUUUCAAAUGUCACCAGUUAAUUUGUUUUUUUCCUUCUUCAAAUGAUUUUGCAUUGUAUAUAAACAUGAUUGCUGUGAACAGUGUAUUAUAAAGUUGCACCCAUUGGGCAGUAGUUCAGUCAGUGUCUCUGAGUGUUGGAGUUUAGCGUCAAUUGUCUGUGUACACUAAACACAUUGUCGUAUAUUAAAUAAACCUGAAAAUUAUGCAACACAAA